AUGUCCGGAGAGAAGUCUGGUUGUUGCGAUGGAUCUGUUUACCUGAAGAAUCCUGGCCUGCUGAAACCUGCGAGAGACCAUUACUUCCGCCAAGCACCGUCGACAAGCUUUUUCACCCCACAAUCAAAAUGCCCCGCAUACCCGACCCCCUGCCUGGUGGUUAUAUGGAGAUCUCAACUGUUGCGGCCGCAUACAGCGACCUCGUGCCAGUGCUUUGUGGCUCACAUAUGGCAAAAUAUCUUUCCCCACUUUUUCGAUGAAGAAAAAAUGGCUUUUCGUGGGGGGAUCAGCUACCACCGUGCACCGGCUCCCUAGAACGAUAGGACUGCAAGGUCCAGAUUUUGACAAUUUUCCCAGGUGGCGAACGAAAACUUGAGCCCGUUUUCAUUAUUGAAGACAAGAAGAUUGGCGGCGGUGUUGAGGCUUCGGAGAAAAUUAAGAGACAGCUGCGGGAUUAUUUGGAGCAA